ACAGGGCCAUGUGAUUUUGAUGAAGUGCUGCUGGUCGUACUAUGCCACGCAUGUUCUGCGGUGGCUGUACAGUAGUCCGAUUCUAAAUCACGGAGCAGCGUUAGAGGCUGAUCUAGUGACUAGAGUCUGAGUCCUUAUUUCCUCACUUGCUUCCUCCUCACAUAGCCCGUUUGUCGACACGUCGACGUCGCCGUUAUAGGCCAUCCUACCGGCUUUAGAGUAAUUUUAUAUUCACCUUUCCUGUAUUUUCUUUCCCUUUUCGAAGCUCCCAGCUACUUUGCGAUGUAGCCUAUCCCGAACUCAGCCUGUCGGUCUGCAUUCACGUCGUACGAGCACCACGAUAGCCACGUCUACCCUCCAUUCGAAACCGCACAGCAGCGUUUGCUCUUCCCCAGGUGUCCUGCUCCACCUGUCCGGGUUUCCGAAACCCUAGUCUCUCCUACCAUUCCUAUCUCCUUCGAUUCUGAUCCCUUUCACCUUCUCGUACGUACCCUUUCUCCCGUUCCCAUGGGGUUUCGGACACGUGGCCGCAACCCAAUAAUGAUGGAUUUCAUCGACCAAUCAGAGGACAGCGACGACGGCUACAGUUCCUCCUCCCCCACCAUUCCCGCCUCCUCCCUCCCCUCCGGCGGAACCCUGCGCCACGCGCCCCCUCCCCUCAUCGACGGCUCCGCCUGCUCCGGCUCGCUCCGCGCAACCCGGGGUGGGGGGGGAUCCGGGCCCAUUCAGCUCAUGGAGGACCUGUCUCUGCGGGAGGGUGGCGGCGGGAAGAGGCGGAUGGGGGGGUUGAGGAGCGCGGGAAUGAGCGGAAAUGGCGGUGGGGGGAGCCACCUGGCUGCGGGAAUGCGGCUGCCCGCUCGCUAUAACUCGCUGGACCCGACGGUUUCCGCGUCCCUUGAUGAUUGGCCGGAUCACGCUGCCGCAGAUUACGGCGCCGAUCCCGGCUCGGAAUCCGAGGCAGAUUACGGCGCGCCCGGCGGCGUGGAUUACGGCGGGGGCUAUCCGACUGAUUACAGCAGGAGCAGCAGCGGCGGGGGCGGCGGCAGCGGCGGAUCGGGUGGCGCGAAACGCGGAGGAAGGGCGCGGAGCUGUCCGUACGAGCCCGGAGAUCUAGUGGUGGUGCGGUGCAUGAAGGCGCGGUGGUGCUUCGGAGAGGUGCUGCGCGUGUCGGAGGAGAGCGUGCGCCUGUGGGUCGACGCUGUGCGCAGCCGAGUCGACGUUCCGCUCGCCCUGGUCCCCUCGCACAUCGCGCCGGAUCUCGCCUCCAUCCCCCCCGAUGAUCCCCCUGCUGCUCCUGCUGCUCCCCGCGCACAUGCUGCCGCUAACUCUGCCGCCGCCGCCGCUGCGGGUGCGGCGGAUUUCGGGGGCGAGCGUGGCGUCGAGAGCGCACCUGCUGCUGCGGGGUUGAGCCGGUUAAAGCCCGCCGCCACGUGCUCGCCGCCCGCCCGGAGCGCCGCCUCGCACGGGCAUGCGGACAGCAGAGGGUCGUCGCCGGAAUCAGCGGGGUCAGGAAGGGGGAGCGCUGGGGGAAGCGCAGGGGGAAGCGGAGGAGCGGGGAGCGUGUGCGGGGGGAGAGCUUCCCCGCUUUGUUCCGUGUCGUGUGGCGCAAGCCGCGGGGCUACGGGGCUGCAGAGGCACGUCCCAUCGCCCAGUGACCCGAGUGCGAGCCCCUUAGGCCCCACUGCGCACUCCAGAGGCACUGCUGCUGUCACUGCUGCUGCGGCUGCCAGUGCUGCCGCGGCCAGUGCUGCCGCGGCCAGUGCUGCCGCUGCCAGUGCUGCCGCUGCCAGAAUCACUGGAUUUGGUAGCUCGAGUGGAACGGACAGCAGGUGGGGCGCGGGAGAGGGGACAUGCAGCACGUGCGAGCUGGCGAUGGGGGAUGCGGCGCUGAUAGCGUGGGAGUGCGGGCACCGCUCGCACUUCGCCUGUGUGGGCGCGCGCCUCAGCAAGGGGCUGCUGGGCUGCGCCUCCUGCCUCUCCGCUAAGAGUGGCGUGAGGCGCUUUGAAGAGGAGGGGGAGGAGGAGGUGUGGUUCGGGUGUGUGUGCGGGCACACAUGCCCCCUGGACAGCCUCCAGGAGGACCCCCUCACUCGCAGCUUCUGCUGCCCGCACUGCCAGUUUGAUCCCUGGGAGGUCGUUCGAGGAGACCACUCCUCCCGCCUUGCCUCGCAACCCUCGCUCCCAUCCCACCACCACCACCACCACCACCACCAUGACCACCCACAACCACCCCAACAAACGCAGCAACAUCACCGCCACUAUCAGCAGCAGCAGCAGCAGCAGCAGCAGCCGCAGCAGCAGCAGCAGCAGCAGCAGCAGCAGCAGCAGCAGCAGCAGCAGGGUGCGAAUCAGGGCUCAGUCCCCCAUUACCCACCCUCCCACAGUUUACCCUCCCACAGCCAUCCGUCCCACAGCCUGCCAUCUCGCAAUUUGCACAAAAUGCGAAGCCUGGGUCCCUUAGACCCGGACCUAAACAAUUUUCCCCAGGCCUCGAGAACAGGCUUGGGAUCUGGCGCAAGUGGGAUGACCCAUGGUUCGUUUGUGGAGCGGCCUAGGGCGUUUGAGUCUGCAUCCCGUGACGCAGCUGCUGCUGGUGCUGCUGGUGCGUUGGACAUGUACACGCGCGUGGCUACUCUAGACAGAGGCACUAGACCCCCCAGACAAACAUCACUUGGUGCUGUUGCUGCUGGCGCUGGCGCUGCUGCUACCUCUGGAGCAGGGUCCAUAGGAGGAGGUGGUGGAGGAGGAGGAGGAGGAGGAGGAGGAGAGGGUGGUGGGGUGCAUGGCGUGAUGGCAGGUAUGGGCUCUGCAGGGAGGUUUGUGUCUGAGACCCUGCCUCAGUUCGUUCGCACCGUCACACUCGACAGUGCGUCCCUAUCUCGCGUGCGCUCCCGCGACCUUGACCUGCCUCUCUCCUUCCCUGCAAGGCGCCUGUCAGCCGGAGCCGCGUCUGCUGGCCUCACUGCUUCUUACUCGUCCUCUGCCUCCUCCGGUCCUGCCCACAGCAACAGCAACUCUUUUGGGAGUAGCAACAGCGCCAGCAGCAGCAACAGUGGCUCUUAUGCUGCAUAUCCUUCUGGAAAUGGUUCUGGGUAUUCUGUUAGUGCUAGUGCCAGUGGUGGCGGUGGUAGUGGCGGUGGUAGUGGCGGCAGUGCUGCGCUUGUUAGCAGUGGUCACAUGGGCACACCAGCCAUGCCCCCCCUCCGUCGCAUGCUCUCUGUCUCCCCUAGUCACACUCACUCAGGACAGCCCUAUCGGCCCUUCUCCCCCCCCACUGACCCCUACCCAGCAUCAUUCUCCACAUGCUCUAUCUCCACCCGAGAUGCUGACUCAGCAGCCUGGAGGCAGGCAGACAUGGGGAGCAGUAGUGGGUUCAGGGCCGCUACAAUGGGUGCACCAGUGGGGCAAGGGCAAGGGCAUGCGCCUGUGGGCAGAGUGGUGUCAGGAGAGGCUCUGCUAGUGGCCCGAUCUGGCGUGGGGAUGUCUCUAACUCGCACUAUGUCUGCGGACUUGGGCCCUGGCGGCGCUGCAGGUUUGAGUGGUGCACGGCGCAGGGCCUUUAACUCCCCUGAGGAUCUGGCCAGGGGAGGUCAACAGUCAUGGAAUCGCAGUCCCUCCAGUUUCCAGCAAACCCUGGGUAUGGGUGAGAGGGGAGAGAGGGGGAGAGGGGAGGGUGUGCCAUGGUCGGAUAUGGAUAACAGCUCCAUGGACAGAUCUGCUGCUGGUGCUGCUCAUGGGUGUGCUGUAUGGGCGAGUAGUGGGGGGGGAGGUGGUUUUGGGGGCAGUGGUUCUGGUACCGGUGGAGGCGGCAUAGGCGGCAUAGGCAACAGGGCAGUGGGUCGCAGCACCAGCGAGGGGAGGGAUGACACUGGAGGGCUGGUGGCAUCCGCGCUUAUGGCAGCCGGCACGGGGGCGCCUGGAGGUGGUGCACCACCAUCGCUUACAGACGGCUACUCGGACCUGUCUGUCUCCAGUCCGUUGCCUCCCCUCCCUGGAGUGCGGCACCAGGGUAAUUAUGGUAAUUCUGGUAAUUCAGGUAAUUCGGGUCAUCUGGGUCAUCUGGGCCAGCAGCAGCACGCGCGCCGGCGCCGCAACACACUCACUGAAGAGCUGUUGCUGGGAGGAGGAGGUGCUGGGAGUCUUGGCUCUUUUGCUGCUGAGGAGUGUGAUACAGAUGCAGGAGGACCAGGAGGGGUUCUGUCUCCGGACCAGAUGCGCACGGGUAGGCACGGUGAGGCUGCUGCUGCUGCUGCUGCUGGGGGGCCGUUUUCUGCGUCUCCUAGCCCUGCUGGCGGAAACACGCCUAUCUCUGCGUCUCCUCUGGCUGGUAGAAGCCCCCUUGCGAGAACGAAUUCCAUGGACACUCUGCUGCAGCCGACCCCCCUGCAAAGGAGAGUGGCGGGUGGUGGGAUGCUUGGUGGAAACAGAGGACGGGGUGUGGAUGGAGGCGAGUUGGUAAGUGGUGAGGGUGGUGCUCUGUUGGGGGUUCGAGCAUUCGGGGGACCGAGGAGUGUUGGGAAUAUCCCGAUUUCUCCUGGAGGUUAAAUGGGGUGAUAGAUACUGACCAUGAUGGUGUAUUAUUCUUCUUGGGGUAGUUGUGGACAAGGGAUAAAGGGCGCUCUAGGAUUGUUGGUAACGUAGUGUACGUACAUGUUAGGUCCAACUAAACGACUAGUAUAAUUUAUCCCUGGUUCGAAUUCCGCCUCUAGCGCGGUUUUUUCCCGACUCCGU